GGAACGCGGAAGUGUCGUAAGUUUGCCGAAAUAGAAACUUGCCGCUGUGCGGACAGAUCGAAGGUAAGCAGUCGAUAGCUCCUGGCUGUUAUCAACAUGGCAGACACCAAAUCAGUCAAAAUAUCUGAAGCCAAGACGAGUCUCAAGCGGAAAACCGUCGAUGUACCACCAGUCCCCGAGAAGAAACAACGUGAAAGCGGCAACAAAACCAAUACAAUCAAGAGCGGUCUUUCACAACUGCACAAACACAUCACUGGGAAAGACAAUUUUGAGUUUUUCUACGGCAAUAAGUCACCCUUCAGUCAACACUUCCUAGCCACAUUCACGAUAGAGGGUGUCAAAUUCAACUGUGCUGAACAGUACAUGAUGUACCAGAAGGCGGUGUUGUUUAAGGACGAAGUGUAUAAGAAGAAAAUCAUGUCGACCCCAAAUCCCGUGGAACAGAAGCGCCUUGGUCGGAAAGUGCGGAAAUUCGAUAAGGCAGUAUGGGGACGAAAUUGUGUACAGAUUGUUGAACGUGCCAACGCGGCCAAGUUCUCACAGAACCAGGACCUGAAGAAGCAGCUUCUGGCCACACGCCCCAAACUGAUGGUUGAGUGUAGCCCCAGGGAUCGUUUGUGGGGUAUUGGCCUUGGCAGGAGCAACCCCAAAGCUUGGGACACCAAGACAUGGCGGGGGAAGAACCUCCUGGGGUACGCCUUGACUGCUGUCAGGGACAGACUGGAGAAGAGGCAGGGUGAGGAAGACGGAGAAGGAAAGGAUGGGGAGGACAAAGGAACAGCGGAGAUUGAUGAUGAAGGAGCAGAGAUCGAAGAGAAGAAUGUUGAUGGAAAGAAAGGGAAGGACUGAGAUUUCAUGGGAAAAGUUUGUUUGUGUGUGUGAUAAUUUAUGAAUGCUGAUAAUAGUUUGCAAAGAAGAAAGAGAUGUCCGCACCAUUUACGUUGGUUUGCCAUUUUACAUGAGGUUGUGUUUCCUUGUUAUGUACAUAUUUCAUUCUUUGUUUUUGCCA